AUGCGCUGUGGGUACUUCCUCCUCGCGCUUGCUGCGUGUCUUCUCCAGCUGAGCCUCGCCGCGUCGCUCCCGGUGCGACCCUCUGCUUCUGUGAUAGUGGAGGCGCGUUGCCCGCGGAUGGAAUGCCGGAUCGCUGAACCUGCGUCUGCAGUCACAGCAACCCCGACAUUCGUGCCGGCUGCAGCAGCGACGGCCACCACCGUCGACUCUGCAUCCACUCCGGCUGCAUCGACUACGGCUGUACCCACAGCGUCUGGCAGCGCCCAGGUCGCGUCUCUGCGCAACUUCCUCGUCGCCUUCAUGGAAGCGUUUAAGACGGCGUUUACCGCCAUGCGCAACGCAGACGUUGACGCGACCGUGAACAGCGGGUCCUCCGAGCCUCUGGCUCUUGUGUCUGCUUCGGCAGAUCUGCCGGAGAGCACGUCGCUCGCUGUUCGCCAGAUCAGCCGUAGGGCGGUCUCGCUCAAGACCUUCAACCACCACUACAGGGUCGGACAAGCAACUCAUUGA